AUGAGAACCCAUUGCUUCUCAAAUAUAUAUCUGAAGAAGGAGAUAUAUCCUGCAUAAUUUAUGUGUGGGAUUCUGAAAGUAUUCUUUAUUUACUAUAAUUAAGGGUGUCUUGAAUGCAUCUGGAUUCACAUGUCAAGUCUCUUAUUAAUUUAAGACUGAUGAACGAGGUGUCAGCUAUUAUCCUCAUACUGUAUUUAUCUUAAGUUUCGAAGAUGCCAGAGAUUUAUGA